UUUAGCUUGUCAUAUUAAAAAAGAAUAAAAUGACAUGAUUUUCAUCAGCAAAUUAGGAACGACAUCUCCCAUUCUCCCUUCUCUCAUAUCUUUGUUGGUCACAUCUAUCAUUCUACCAUCUUCAAUACAUAGCCAACACCGACCAAGCCAGUGCUUCGCCGACCCUAACAACUGUCCUCUGAGAUUAUAACGUCCUUAUCUUGAUUAAGUAAAAUCCAUCAAUUUUACAUCAAUUUCUAUGAUACUCUUCCAGUAAAUCGAAGUUUUUACUAUGGCAAAAACAAUUCAUUCAACAUCCGAUCAAUUCUCGAAAAGGAGAAGUUGAACGGGAAAAACUUCCUUGACUGGCAAAGGAACUUGCAAAUAGUUCUUAUGCAGGAAGAAAAGGAGUAUGUCCUGGAAGAGGUGAUGCCCGAAGCCGCAGGCAACGGGGUCACUCGGGCAGCCCUCAAUCGUUGGAUUGAUGCCAACAAGGAUGUGAAAUGUCUAAUGCUUGCAACCAUGAGUGCAGAUCUACAGAAAAUGUUCAUCAACUCAGAUGCUUUCACGAUCAUCUGAGUUAAAGAACAUGUUCCAAGAUCUGGCUCGAGUCGAAAGAUUCGAGACUCAUAGGCAAAUUCUUGAGACCGAGCUUAAGAAAGGCGAGCCCGUAAGUCCACAUGUUCUCAAAAUGAUCGGACUCAUUGAGAAUAUGAGUCGGCUGGAUCAGCAAUUCUCUUAGGAAAUGGCUGUAGACACCAUCCUCCAUUCUCUUCAUCGCGGGUAUGAUCAGCUCAAGCUGAACUACAGUAUGAAUAGUCUGGACAAAACGCUCACUGAGCUUCACGGUAUGCUGAAGACCGCUGAAAAGACGCUCAAAAGUGAUAAGCAAGAUGUGCUUAUGGUGCGUGGGGGCAAGUUCAAGAAAUCUGGCAAGAAGAGGAAUGCUAAGAAAGGUGGCAAGAAGGCCAGCCCGACUAAGCAACCUGGCGGCACCAAGUCUGAAAAGAAGAAGGUGACCCAACCCACUUCUGAAUCUGAAUGCUUCUACUGCAAGAAGAAGGGGCAUUGGAAGAGAGAUUGCUUGAAGCUUAAGGAAGAUCAGAAGAACGGAACAGUCGUUCCAUCUUCAGGGACUAAGAAGAAGUAGAAGGUUAAGCAAGGGUGAAGUCGACCUACGAGUGGGAAAUGGAGCACGGAUUGCUGCAUUAGCUGUAGGAACUUAUUAUUUGUCGUUGCGCCCCCUGGGCUAGUUUUGGAACUGGAAGAUUGUUGCCAUGUUCCAAGUCUUACUAAAAACAUCAUUUUUGUUUCUUGCUUAGAUGCUAAGGGAUUUUCCUUUUUAAUAAAAGACAAUAGUUGUUCGUUUUAUUUUAAAGAGAUGUUUUAUGGAUUUGCUAGAUUAGUCAAUGGACAUUAUUUAUUAGAUCACGACAACCAAGUUUAUAACAUAAAUACCAAAAAGGCCAAAAAGAAUGAUUCAGAUCUCACCUAUCUGUGGCAUUGUCGAUUAGGCAAUAUUAACUUGAAACGCAUAGAAAGACUUCAAAAGGAAGGAAUUCUAGAACUAUUUGACUUAGAGGAUUAUGGUAAGUGCGAAUCAUGUUUACUUGGCAAAAUGACAAAGCAAUCUUUCUCUAAAGUUGGAGAAAGA